AUGCGUAUUCUACGGAAAGCGGGUGAAUUGCUGCAUGUCUGUUUAGAAUCGGUGGAGAAGAAGUGCGGCUACAAUGGCCGCUGGGAGGGCCAGAAUGGAACGAGCAACGAGGAAUAUCUUCACGGCUGGGCAAACUACACAACCUGUCUGACGCCAGAAAUGCUCCGGCUGCACGGGAAAGUUUACACGAACACAAUCGAGGGUCUCUAAGAAACACCAGGACCAGGAUACACAAGAAUCUGUUCGUUGCCAUGGUUGUCCAGGUUUUGAUUAGAUUAACAGUGUACAUAGACAUUGAAAUCCUGAGGAGGAAGACUUAUGGCAUUCAGAGGGGCAUUGGCAACACUCCUGUGCUUUGUGAGGCCAGCUAUGCUCUUUUGGAAUACGCGAAAACCGCAAUGUUCAUGUGGAUGUUUAUAGAGGGUCUGUUUUUGCAUAAUAUGAUCACUGUAACAGUGUUUCAAGAAAACUCAUACUACAGGAUAUAUCGGUUCGUCGGAUGGGGAUGCCCUGUCGUAAUGACGUUAAUUUGGGCCACCAUUACCGCGUUCUGUUAUCAUCCAAAAUCGAAGAAAGCUGUGAGGGCAGCUGUGGUUCUUCUGCCUUUACUAGGCAUCACCAACGUGCUCUUCAUGAUCGAGGUACCUCUGCACAAUGUGAAGAAAUUCGCACUGUGGUCUUACUCCACGCAUUUCCUUCAAUCAUUCCAAGGGCUUUUCAUUGCAACGCUCUAUUGCUUUUUAAACGGCGAGGUGAGACUUGCUCUGGACAAGACUAUCUCCGUUUACCUUUCUCUAAGAGGAACUGAUCUGCAAGCAAGGAGGCAGUCGACGUUCAGCGGUUGCCAGCCACAAAGAAUUGCGUCCGGUGAGUGAAUUGUUAAACUUAUCAUUUAGUAUUCUACUGUUAUUACUUAGUAUUUUGUUAUUGCAUGCAAAAUUAAAGAAAAGAAAAUGCUUUAUCAAUCUGUACUCUUAGUAAUUCAACUUUCAGUACGACAUAAACAUUUUGUUAGAGUGGAAUUUAUUUUUUUAGAAAAAUAUUACUUCAGUUUAUUAUUGUUAUAAUUAUGAUUAUGAGAGGGAUCUUUCUGUUUUUUUCUUUUUCAUCACAUAGAUGACUAUUAAAUUUUAUUCUUACAUAUGAAUGUAAAAAUUUUUAAAAUUUUUAAACAUCUUUAUGUUUUUUUCUUUUUCAUUACAUAGAUGACUAUUAAAUUUUAUUCUUACAUAUGAAUGUAAAAAUUUUUAAAAUUUUUAAACAUCUUUAUGUUUUUUUCUUUUUCAUUACAUAGAUGACUAUUAAAUUUUAUUCUUACAUAUGAGUGUAAAAUACAUGUUUCUUUACGCAGGAUUUUUUCAAUGAUUUCAAAACUCUUUCCAAAUUAUAUUCUUUUAAUUUCAAUCAAUUUUGUUUCAUACCUUUCCUGCUUGAUACGUUAUAAUUCAACCAAUUUUAAAAUUCUCAUAAAACUCCACAUCCCCGUAAAUGUAAAUCGCAUCGCGUCCACGUGAAUUAGCCAAAGACGUUCAGUUUAUUAUUUCUUUUAAUUAUGAAUUUAUCAUUUUGCCAAAGCAGAUUACAUUCGCAGGUAUAAUUUAGAUUUAUCAGAGCGUGCCAGAUGCAUGCAAUUCUGUCCGGUAUCGGCAUAUUAUUAUACGUAAUUUUUGAUAUUAUUAUCAAACGUUCACUGUAACAUGCAAUUUAACAAACACAGUCUGUACAGUUAAAUUUCACGUUUAACCAUACUUAAUAACAAAACGUCAAAUAUUUCAUUAUCGUUUGAAGCAUUGAUUUCGAAAAUCGGAACAGAAAUUUUCAUGAUCUCGUUAGUCGUUGCGUUCACGAUUAAAAAGUUAUUUUCAUUGAUAUCAUCGUCGCUGCUAAUGCCGAUGAAACAGCAAUUGUCAAUUGAUUAAACACUGCAGAAUUCCGGGCAGUUUUUGACAAAGUAAAGUUUAUCGAAGGCAAAUAUAACUGCAAUGAGUCGCGUUCUGAAUCGUUGAUUUCAAAGUCCCCCCCUUUGUUGAAUUCCAAUCGUCGACAAAUUGCGAUUGCAAUUACCUAAAUCGUGAACAUUGUAGCGAGCGACAACGUUCCUCAAUUCUCUUUGAAUUGUUGCCAUUGUUAUUAUCAUUGUUGUUAUUACAACAGCGACUUGGGUUUUAUUGGCUCACUUUGGCACAUUUAAACAAGAACAUUUGAUCGAGAGAUAUUUUGAAAAUAAUUCGUGUUGUUCGGUUCAGUUCAGUCGAUAACUAUUGAUUUGAAAGAUUUAUUAAAACGACACUGUCAAUGAUAUAAUUGAUGACAAUCGAUGGCAUUAUUUAUAUAAUUAAUAAAUUCCUCGGUAUAAAUGGUAUUGAUGUUUAUUCGUUUAUAAAAAAAAAUAACAAAAUAUUGAUACGAAUUUCAUGACGAUUGUCACUUCUGCAGAAAUGAAUUAUCCCACCGUCUGUAACGAAAGAUAUUAGUGGGAAAUUUUUGCAAGACGCGGCAAAGCCACGAGAUUAUUUGUUUAAGAACGGUCGUGAAACGUUCGGAAGUGUUAGCGAGUUUUCAAUCAGAUCAAUGAAAUCCAGAAAUGCUUGUCCGUGACCUGUCAGAGAGUUGAGAACGCGUAUUGGCCCAGAUACUUCUCUGCAGUGUCGAUUUCACGAGGCAAAAGAUCCGAACCGAUCGCGGAGAUCGUGAAAACCGGUGAAAUCAAGUUCCCUAGGCUAAAGAAAUUUAAUUCGUUAAGUGAGAGAGGAUUGAAGAACGAGAAGAACGAAAAGGACGGACAAUUGACAGGAUAAUGAUUAUUGAUUGGCACGUGCAGUGAUCGAAAUGGAAGAAGAGGAGAUGAGAUCCAGUGGAUGGAUAAGACUGUGCUGUCGAGGUGGAAACACCCCACCACCGGACCGACCUGCCGAGUGAGUAAUGAUCGAGGAAACUUCGCCAAUCCGCAUUUAGAUCAUUACCAGCAUCGAAGGUCGAUCCUCCUCGCAGCACCGUACCAGUAGGUAAAAACACACGCACACGGAAGCAUGUCCUGUUGCAUCUCUUCUUCCAUGCCACCUCCUUUCUGAUCCUGAUUCAAUUAUACAUCAUCGUCAUGGGUUUAUGGUUUUAUGUAAUUUCGUUGGGAUAAAAUUUACCUCUCCCCGGUUGAAAGAAGUACUUAACAAAGUUCUUUAAGUAAGUUUAUUCUUUGAUUUAAUUCCUCCCGUUCAGCGAGAUUGAUUUUAUUGAAACCGGUUAAAUGAAAGCCUUGUUAUUUAUGAAGGUUUAACGGGUUUGGAAUUUAUAGGAAAAUUUUUGACUCUUCCCGGUUAUUUCCUUCUAAUUUUGUACUUAGAAUGAAGAAUUCGAUUUAAAGAAACGAAUCUCAUAGCAUUGGAACCCAGUCAAUGGUUAAAUCCAAAAAUGGAUCUCCCUGUCUCUCCCUGGCUCUCCCCUGCUCUUCUCGGCGAUUUCUUUUUACUUUUGUACUUGGGAUGUAAAAUUUCACUCAAGGAAUCAAAUCCCAUGUCGCUGGAUUCCAAUCAGUGGCUAGAUCCGAAGUUGGAUCUCCCUGGCUCUCCCUGUCUCUCCCUGUCUCUGUCUGGCUCUCUCCGAUCGUUUCCUUCUAGUUUUGUACUUAGAAUGAAAAAUUCGAUUUAAAGAAACAAAUUUCAUAGCAUUGGAACCCAGUCAAUGGUUAAAUCCAAAAAUGGAUCUCCCUGUCUCUCCCUGGCUCUCCCCUGCUCUUCUCGGCGAUUUCUUUUUACUUUUGUACUUGGGAUGUAAAAUUUCACUCAAGGAAUCAAAUCCCAUGUCGCUGGAUUCCAAUCAGUGGCUAGAUCCGAGGUUGGAUCUCCCUGGCUCUCCCUGUCUCUGUCUGGCUCUCUCCGAUCGUUUGCUUCUAGUUUUGUACUUAGAAUGAAGAAUUCGAUUUAAAGAAACGAAUCUUAUACCAUUGGAACCCAAUCAAUGGUUAAAUCCAAAAAUGGAUCUCCCUGGCUCUCCCUCAUUUUUUCCAUUUUUCUAAGUUUUUUCGAACUGAUCAUGAUUCUAAUAAGCUAUUUAUUUAGCAUUUCCUCUCCCAAACUCUGAUAUAUUUAAAAUUUCCUUGAAUUUGUUUUAUAUUUCUUUAAACAUUUAAAGCGUGGAUUUUUUUAAAAUAAUAUAUAUAUAAUAUCCUAAUAUCCUAAUUAGAACUUCCAUAUUUUCCUCGAAUGUCUUGAAAUUUCUUAAACUAUUUCAACCAUAAUCACCUUUUGUCUUAAACUCUAUUCUCACAACUAAUUUCUCACCUGCAUGUUGUUUGCAUGAGCGAGUAUAAUUCGCAUGCAAAGUUCUUCUGCAUCUCUUAGCUUCUACAAACCAAGCACAUCUCAGUUUUAUAUUUGACUUUUACAGUUUUUUAUUGCUGGAAACGAACUGCCACAUUCAUUAACGAACAUGUUGUUCCAUUUGGCAAAUAAAAUUGAAAAGCAAAAUCAUAUCAACAGCAGUUUUUUAAUUAAUAAACAAGCAAUCAAUAUGUAUUUCUGUUUUUCAAUUUUGCUUGAACCAAUUGCUUUUCCAAAGUGUCUGUUAUACAGAUGUACGAUCAGUCAGUUUAAUCAAGAAAAUGUGUUGCAAUUCGAAAUAUUCUGUGUUCAGACAGAAAAUCUAUAUAUAGUUGAAGACACCUGUUUUUUCUGUGGAAGCAAUACUAAUUUGCGGUUUCAGAACAGCUGUCUGACUAUGGAGCCUCUUUGGACUCAUGGACUUUGGACAGGAGCUUCAAAAUUCCACUCAGUUCAUGAAGGCAAGCUGUGAAUAUCUCUGGCUGCUGACAAAAUGAACUCGAACAGCUUGGAAUUAGUUUAAAGACUUGCAAUUUCAAUUUCUACCUGGAAAUCUGAUUAAAUUAAUGGAUAACGAUUGUCCAGCGUAGAACUUGAAUCAAUUAAAAAUCUAAAUGUUUCGAUGAACUUCUUAACUUGAUUAUAGUCAUGGAAUUUCUAAAUGGUAUAAAGACAUUGUACGACAACUACGAAUUGUUAAUUGGUAACUUAUUGAUGUGAGUGAUUGAGUGAAUCUCGAGGAAGAAUGAAAUUUCGAAUUUAAAGUCUUUUUAUUGAAAAGUUGAAUUGAAUAUAACAUAAAUCAAUGUAAGUGGAUUAAAAAGAAUCGUUGAAAACGAUUGUAUAAUCAUUGAGACUUGCGAUGAUAUUCAUAUAAAUGUACACUAUUCUUCUUUUUCUUCUUAAUCAUUUCGAAGGAGAUACUUCAUGA